UAAAGAUUCAAAAAUGAAGUGCAAAGUAUUUAUUUCAUGAUAUCUUAAGUUUUAACACACAUAUUGGAAUUUUUUUUAAUAGUCAUUGAUUUGUGGAAUGUAUCGUUGUAUAAAAAGAAAGCCUGGAUCAAUAGGAAAACCUCUUCCCGGUGUACAGCUCGCUAUACUUGAUCCUUACUACAAUGAAUUGGGACCUGGUAAAGAAGGAAUACUAUCUGUCAAACUGAAGCCUCAUGCACCACUUUCAUUAUUCAAGGAGUAUUUAAAUAAUCAAAAAGAAACUGAUGCGGCAUUUCGUGGUGAUUACUAUCUUACGGGUGAUAGAGCUUAUAAAGAUGAGGAAGAGUAUUAUUGGUUUGUUGGACGAAAUGAUGAUAUCAUUUUAUCUUCUGGUUAUGCAAUUGGACCAUGUGAAGUGGAAAGUGCAUUACAGGAACAUCCAGCAGUAUUGGAAUCUGCUGUUGUUAGUAGUCCUGACCCACAAGGAAUAGAAACUGUAAAAGCUUUUGUUGUUUUGAAUAAAGAAUAUUUGCAUUUGGAUAAAAAUCAAAUGACAACAGAUCUUCAAGAUCAUGUUAAAAAUAUAGCAUCUCCUUAUAAAUACCCAAGAAAGAUUGAAUUUGUAGAUAAACUACCUAAAACAGUUACUGGAAAAGUUCAAAGAAAAGCUCUGCGCAAAAGAGAAUGGUCUGAAGUGAAAAAGGAACAAAACAUUUCUGUUGCAUCUUAAAUAUCAUCAGAUCAUAAAAGUUCCAUCAUGCAUGUAUUUUACAUCAUUAAAAUUUUGAAUGAAAAACAUCUUUAAAUGCAAGAUCAUUGUAAUUCAAGAUUUGUACACAGAAUAUUUUGUAUAAAUAUGAUUUCAAAUAAACUUGAGAAAUUAUUUUUUAAAAAUACCGAUCAUCAAUUCUGUUUUUACAUUUUUAUCAUCAUCAGCAUGUCUAGCAUCUGCUUCUGAGAGAUGACACAAUUCAUUCUGAAUUUUCUUAUUGGAUACACAGUCAUCGAGUUUUUUAAUAUAUGUGGCUCUCUCACUACAACGAAUAGGAAACAAAGGCCUUCUUAAUUCCCACAGGAUGGAAAAAGAGGAAAAUAUUUAUUAUACUUAAAAAUAGUAACAUUAAAUAGCUAUAAGUUUAUUUCCAAAUU